UUGCAGUGUUGUGUGUCCCAUUUGCCGUGGAAGGAAUCGCAAAGUUAGAAAAGUUAAUGGAUCUCCUGCAAUAAAGGAUAUUUUCCAAAACAUUUAGCAUUAACAAAUAUGGCAUCCGAAGAGACUGUACAGAAGCUGGAGAAGCAUCUGAAAUUGCUGAAGGAGGAGUACACGAAGUUGCAGAAGAACUAUGCCGAGAUGGAGAGGAAGUACAGCCGGGCGGUGGCGAGCAGUGGAGACACUGAUGUCGGGGAAUUCAGUGGUUUCAUCUCCAGGCUCACGAUGACCGUGGCGGGACUUUACAGUCGGAAAACCUAUUCCGACAUUACUGUGAAGUUCGGGGAUAAAUCCUUUCCGGCCCACCGAUUUGUUCUCAGUGCGCGAUCGGAGGAGUGGCGCGAGGAGAUUCUCGAAUCGACCACCGAACUUGACUGGUCAGAUCUCGAUGGUGAGGUCGCAUAUGCCCUUCUUCGCUGGAUCUACACAGACAUCGUUGAUCUGCAGAGCGACGCUCUGGCUCUGUCUCUUCUGAGAGCUGCUCACAAGUUCAAACUGCCCGGACUCUUGGGACUGUGCGAGAGAGCUCUAGUCUCCUCAGUGGGAGUGCGAUCUUGUGUGCGCUUCUACUGCGUGGCCGAAGAAGUUGGGGCAGCGACACUCCUCGAAUACUGCUCAGGACUCAUAUCGACGCACUGGGACGAUUUGACGCCGCAAGACUUUGACCACAUGUCCAGUCCUUUGCUGUACAAGAUGCUGAAGAACAAGACGAAACAUCCACUCCACGCCGCCGUCCGAUUGCUUCGAGAGGAUGUUGUUUUCCUGUGCCUCGUGGAGAACGACGGAAUGCUUUCCGAAGUGGUGAAUAGUCUUUCGCCACAGGGACAACUUCCUCUUGGGCUGGCACUGAUGGGUAGAAGCACGGCAAUUGCUCAGACCCUCAUCCAGAAUGGGAAAGCGGAUGUGAACGCGUUCAAUUCCGACGGUUGCACAUUGCUAAUUGAUGCUGUUCAGCGAGGUGAUGGAUUCUCUUCGCUUUUUCUUCUCGACAAGAACUCUAACGUCAAUUUAACCAGCAGAACGACUGGAGAUGCAGCUCUGCACAUUGUUGUGACUUACUCGACAAAGUCCACUGAUGAAGACACAUAUCAAGAGAUGCUGGACGUCGGAAGGAAGAUUCUGGAGUGUGAACCAGAUCCGAACAUACAGAACAAGCGUGGCUACACACCACUUCAUAUGGCCAUUGUGUCUGGGCACGAGGAAAUGAUUGGUGCGCUACUGACACUGGAUGGUUUAGAUCUUAAUUUGAGGACUAACGACGAGAAAAGUGCCUUGCAAUUCGCCCUGCAAUCUGGUGAAUUGUCCUUCGAUAUCGCCAGAAGCCUGAUAGAUAAGGGUGCUGAUGCUAAUGUGAGGUAUUCAGAGAAUGGCAGCAAUCUUUUGCAGAUACUCAUAUUGAAUGGCAUGGAGAAAGCAUCGAUUUUCCUCACAGAAUUUGCCAAUCUGAAUUAUGUGAAUAACAGUGGCCAAACUGCCCUUCAUUUGGCGUGUGAAAAGAGAAUGGUGGACUUGGUGAAGGCACUGCUGCAAAGAGGUGCAGAUCCCAAUAUUCAAACGACAAUGGGAGAUUUGAGGACGACACUUCACUAUGCAGUGCAAUCUAAUAAUUUGCCUAUAAUUGAGGCCUUUGUCGAGCAUUGGAAGAGUGGUGAAAAAGAGAAGCCAGACUUCAAUAUAAAGGACUCAAAUGGCGAUUCGCCACUCAGUCUUGCAUUAUCGUUGGCGCACAAUGAACUUGUGCCGUCGCUCAUUCAAGGUGGGGCAGAUGUGAAUGACAGGAAUGGUCAGGAUUUGACUCUGUUGCAUCAGGCGAUUCUCAAAGAGGAUGCUAAGACGGCGAUAUUCCUCCUCGGUCAGGGAGCAGACAUGAACGCAUUGACUGGAGAGCAGGAAUCGCCUCUGCAACUGGCCAUUCACUGCAAUUUGCCAGCUGUUGUGGAUGCUUUGUGCACACGUGGGGUUUCCUUGGGUGCGUCAGACAGCAAGUGCGAGUCUCCACUGUGGACAGCGCUGGAGAGUGAGAAACUGGAUAUAGCUGAGGUGUUGAUUCGUCAUGGAGUGGACACAGACUGCUGGAGUUCAGGUCCUGAUGGAUGCUUGCAGACGCUUCUGCAUCGCGCCAUUGACGAGAACAAAGAAGUGGCGGCGAUUUUCCUGAUAAAAAGCCGGUGUGAUGUAGAUUCACCGCGACAACCGGGACCAGAUGGCCAAGGAGGCGAGGAAGCACACGAUAAGGCCUCACCUCUGCAUCUGUGCUGCCAGUGGGGAUUGGUGAAUGUACUCCAGACGCUAAUCGAUCAUGGGGCGAAUGUGAAUGCCGUGGACUGCAACAAUAAGACCUCCCUCCACGUGGCAAUAGAGAAUCAACAGGAUGAGAUGAUUGGGAUUCUCCUGUGUCACCCGAGUAUUGAUCUGCGGCUGAGAGACAAGUCUGGGAAUACGGCAUUCGCCGCUGCACUGACGGGGAGAAAUCACAAGGCGGCUCAAAACAUCCUUCAGCGUCUCCCAAAUGCAGCUGAACAAAUCGAUCAGAGGGGCAGAAAUUUCCUCCAUGUGGCCAUCAUGAAGGAUGACUUGGAGUCCGUCCUCUUCCUCUUGGCGAUCAGGGUGGACGUGAAUUCCCGCGUGCAUGAUGUGAACCAGACGCCACCUCUGCACUUGGCUGCGAGCUCGGAGAACGAGAUGCUCGUGCGAAAUUUGAUUUUGGCUGGCGCGAGGAUAAAUGAGCGCGAUGCCACAUCCAAGACUGCUCUUCAUGUGGCAUCUGAGCGCGGACGAGUGGCCAAUGUCUCUGCACUGCUCCAGAACGGUGCGGACUUUGAUGCCAUUGACGGGGAUGGCAACAAUGCUCUGCAUAUUUCCGUGCGGGAGGGACACUUGGCUGUUGUUCGGGAACUCCUGACGGAGAGUGGAAUUAACGCGGAGGCGAUGAACUACAAAGGAAACAAUCCCAUGCACGAACUCUGUCGCAGUGGGAAGGACACCACGGCGGCGACAAUUUGUGAACUAUUCCUGGAGUGUAUGCCGAAGUAUCCUAUAAACCAGGUGGAUAUCCAAGGCAAUACGCCGCUCCUGCUUGCAUUUAUGCGCGGCCAGGCGUCGUUGUGUAAAGUAUUGGUGAAGAAUGGCGCGUGCAUGGGCGCGGAAAAUAAGGAAGGCGUGACUAUCUUCAAUUUUCAACUGGCUACUAAUCAAUUGCUCCAUAAAUUACUGGAUCAGCUGCCGCAGGAAUCGCCGUGGGCAGCAUCGGAUGUGUGUCAGGAGUGCGGAGAGAAGUUCUCCUUCACCACGAGAAAACAUCAUUGUCGACACUGUGGACGGAAUUUGUGCAGUCGUUGUUCAAAUAAUGACGUCCCGAUCCUCAAGUUCGGAAUCAAUAAGCCAGUGCGGGUGUGUGCAGUUUGUUUCGAAGUUCUGCAAAUUGGCAGUGGAUAAUAAGUGUUUCAUUUCUCCCAAAAAUUAAUCUAUUAUAAAUUAAACAAUUUACAAUGAGAAAAACCAGCAGAAAACUCACCUUUAAAUUAUACUAUUCUUUAAAAGGGAAUUAACUCGUAAAAUUAUAUUCCAAAAUUUGAGAAUAUUUCUCCCAAUUGUUAUAUGUAUUGCCUUUAUUAUUG